AUGGCGGGCCAUGGCGACUUGCAGGAGAUGCUGCGCAUGCUGACGGCUCGCAAGGCAUCCAUGAUGGCCGCCAUGGGCUACAUCAAGGCCCUGCAGGCCAAGAACCUCAAAAGGCGAGAAUCUGGUGCCACCGACGCUUGCAUUGACCAGAUUGCCGAGGCACCCUUGUCCACUGUAGAGGCAGCCAUCAGUGACGCGAAGUUGGCCAAGAGCUUCCACACGGCCUGCAAGUCGCACGGCAAGAAGAGCAACAAGCGCGCGGCCGAGGAGCCCGCUGCCGCAGAGAGGAAGAAGCCCAGGCUGGAGAUGCACAAGCGGGACUUGGACUACGAUUCCAUGCCCCCCGAGGAGCUCGAGGCUUCAUUAGCGCUGCCUCUGUGCGAGGACGAGGAGCUGAUCAAGGAAACGACGCUGGUCACCAACAGAGCCCCCCUAGUGCUUGCGUUUGCGGUGGAACUGCUGCGCUUCACGAUGCCGGAGCAGCCUCCAAGCAGUCGUCUCAGCCUAGCCCAGGCCGUGGUGAGCGCAAAUUCGAAAUCCAAGGCCAUAAGUAUAGGCAUCGAAAAGGCGCCGGCCGGUGGAGAGACGCCAAUACCAACCGGCCAGCCCAAGGUCUCGGUUCUGGGACGGGAGAUUCCUGUCCUAAAACGAGGUGGCUAUACGUGGUCUGAUGAGAGCCAGCAGUCCUCGACCUCUGCAGAGGCGGCAAACUCAUCCUCGUCAACGCCAGCAUCCACAGCGCCCAACAGUGUGUGGGCAACGAGCAAGACGCUGUCCUCCAAGGGAUCUGUCUUCGUCGCGCAUGCGGCUUCUAUAACGGCGCCGUCUAUGCGCUCGGGGCUCAUGAAGCUCCUGUUCAACCAAUAUCCCGAGCUAGAGAAGACGGCGGAUCACGUUGCGUGGGCGGUACGCACAAGCUUCGGCGGUUCGUCUCUCGUGCAAGAAGCCUCGUUUGACGAUGGCGAAGCAGGCUGCGGCAAGUUCAUGCUGGAGCUCCUGCGCGAGUCAAACAUCACAAACACAAUCGUCGUGCUCGCUCGCUGGUAUGGCGGAGUCAUGCUGGGGCCUGAUCGAUGGCGCCUGAUGCGCGAAUGCCUCAACGACGCCCUUUCGGCCCAAAAGCGGACGUCGACGUUUUCCGGAGAGGCGCUCUGGGGGCUCGACGCCGAGGACAAGAAGCCAUCCAUGUCCACAAUCGGCAUGGCCAUUCACCGGCCAGAAGGCGCGAGGAACUACCUGUUGAAGAGCUUCGCCUCUGCCGGUACCUCUGACGGUGGCGGGGGCAAGAAGUCGGCGGCUGCGCUGAACGAUGAGAAACAAGAGAACCUCGGGAGGCUUCUUGGCGCCCUUCGGCUGCUGUUUGCGAGCUGGGCUGGCGUCUUGGGUCGAGCCGAAUUGGACAGGAGGGCGUGGAGUUGGUACGUGGCCGUUCGGCCUGACAUCGAGGCGGGGCCCUCUGGUUGGGGAGAGAAGGGGACGUUGAAGCUGUCCAAGAUAUUGGAUCUGAGACGAAAAGAGGGUGUGGUGACAAAGUAAUUGACUGGAGGAUUUGAGGCUGCUGAGCUGAGCAUCUGGAU